GGCGGCGGCGGCAGCGGCAGCCUGGCCGAGCGUUAGGGGCUGCUCUCCGCGCGGCGUUUCGCAAAGGACUUCAGCGAUCUACUUUUGCAGUCGCCUCGGACUGUCCAUGUGUUUACUUGCCCCAGCCCGAGGACUCGAUGUCUAGGCUCCUGUGAAAUGCAACUGAGCAGCCAAAGUACUUUGAGAACACGGGGCGGCAUAAACACCAAAACUUUUUUGUGGAAGGAAAAUGCAAUAAGCAAGCUCGCCGUUUUCCGAUGCGGCGUGGAGUGAGUGUAUGUCGCGCGUGUCCGCACUGGAGGCACACGCUUGUGUGUGUACAUGGGGUGUGUUUUUCGGUACGUAGGGAGAAAAUGCUUGCCAACCACCGGAAACCUCCUGGAAUUUAUUAGAAAAUAAUGGAUUAUUAAAAGGAGGCAGGCGAGGAGCGGAUCUCCCCUUGAGUUGCAAGCCUAUCUGCUGCCGGCUCAGUUUGUUGGGAUUCUAUUUGUUGAUAGGUGUCUGAUGGUAUUCAGAUAACACCCCCUCUUUCCUUCCCUCGAUCUUUACAGUUUUUUUUUUUAAGGAAACAACAACAAAAACCACCCCAAAAUUUCUCCCCCUUUUUUUUUUCGCCCCGUGGGGAUCGCUGUUUUCAUCCAUGUGCUUGCGUCUCCCCCGCGUUCCACUUAAACUAUUUUAAUCCUUGGACCCAAGGAGGAGGCUGAUAGGGGGGUGGAUUAAAAAAAAAAAGUUCUUCCAAAAUAGUGUGCCCCGGGAGCAGGAUGGGGGAUUUCGCAGCCCCCGCUGCUGCCGCGAAUGGUAGUAGUAUCUGCAUCAACAGCAGCCUGAGCAGCAACCUCGGCGGGGCCGGGAUCGGCGUGAAUACUCCCAAUAGCACUCCGGCUGCUCCGAGUGGCAAUCACCCCGCUGCCGGCGGCUGCGGCGGCUCCGGGGGCCCCGGCGGCGGCUCGGCGGCCGUCCCCAAGCACAGCACGGUGGUCGAGCGGCUCCGGCAGCGUAUCGAGGGCUGCCGGCGGCACCACGUCAACUGCGAGAACAGGUAUCAGCAGGCUCAGGUGGAACAGCUGGAGCUGGAGCGCCGGGACACCGUGAGCCUCUACCAGCGGACCCUGGAGCAGAGGGCCAAGAAAUCGGGCGCCAGCACCGGCAAGCAACAGCACCCGAGCAAAGCCCAGCAAGAUGCGGAGGCUGCCUCGGCGGAGCAGAGGAACCACACGCUGAUCAUGCUCCAAGAGACUGUGAAAAGGAAGCUGGAAGGGGCCCGAUCACCACUUAAUGGGGACCAGCAGAAUGGGGCUUGCGAUGGGAGCUUCUCUCCCACAAGCAAGCGCAUCAGAAAGGACCUUACCACGGGGAUGGAAGCCAUCAACAGUUUGCCCAACAACCUGCCGCCGCCUUCAGCUUCACCCCUUCACCAGCUUGACCUCAAGCCUUCUUUGCCCUUGCAGAACAGCGCUGCUCACACUUCUGGGCUGCUAGAGGAUCUGGGUAAGAAUGGCAGGCUCCCUGAGAUUAAACUCCCUGUCAAUGGCUGUGGGGAUCUGGAGGACAGCUUUGCUAUAUUGCAGAGCAAGGACCUCAAACAGGAGCCUCUUGAUGACCCCGCCUGCAUAGACACAUCCGAAACGUCACUUUCUAAUCAGAACAAGCUGUUCUCUGACAUUAACCUGAAUGACCAAGAGUGGCAGGAACUAAUAGACGAGCUGGCCAACACGGUUCCAGAAGAUGACAUCCAGGACCUGUUCAAUGAAGACUUCGAGGAGAAGAAGGAUCAGGAAUUCUCACAGACGACCAUGGAGACCCCACUCUCCCAUGAGAGUGCGAGUGUGAAGAGCGAUGCCUCUCAUUCUCCUUUUGCACACAUCUCUAUGGGGUCGCCCCAAACCAGACCUUCAUCUUCUGGUCCCCCCUUUUCUACUGUCUCCACAGCCACUAGCUUACCAUCUGUGGCCAACACCCCCGUGGCUCCAAACCCUGCCAACUCGCCAGCUAACUGUGCUGUCCAGUCCCCCCAGACUCCAAACCAAGCCCACACUCCAAAUCAGGCCCCCCCUCGACCUGGCAAUGGCUAUCUCCUUAAUCCAGUCUCGGUGACGGUGACGGGUUCAGGAUCGGGCUCCGUGGCAGUGCCCAGCUCUGACAUGUCCCCAGCAGAGCAGCUCAAGCAGAUGGCUGCCCAGCAACAACAGAGGGCCAAACUCAUGCAGCAGAAACAGCAGCAGCAGCAGCAGCAGCAGCAGCAGCAGCAGCAGCAGCAACAGCAACAGCAGCAGCAGCAGCCCCACUCAAAUCAGACUUCAAAUUGGUCUCCCUUAGGGCCUCCGUCAAGUCCAUAUGGAGCAGCUUUUACGGCAGAAAAACCAAAUAGCCCAAUGAUGUACCCCCAAGCCUUUAACAACCAAAACACUAUAGUGCCUGCAAUGGCCAACAGCCUGCAGAAGACGACCAUCAACAACUACCUCCCUUCGAAUCACAUGAACAUGAUCAGUCAGCAGCCAAAUAACUUGGGUACAAACUCCUUAAACAAACAGCACAAUAUUCUCUCCUAUGGCAACACUAAGCCUCUGACCCAUUUCAAUGCGGACUUGAGUUCAAGAUUGACGCCCCCCAUGGCCAACCCCAACAAAAACCCAUUGAUACCCUACAUCCAGCAGCAGCCUCCGCAGCCCCAGCCGCCACCGCAGCCGCAGCCGCCCCAGCAGCAGCCUCGGCCUCCACCACCGCUGCAGGCUCCCAGAGCGCACCUGAGUGAGGACCAGAAACGCAUGCUUCUCAUUAAGCAGAAAGGAGUGAUGAAUCCGCCCAUGGCCUAUGCUGCGCUUCCAGCCCACGGUCAGGAGCAGCACACAGUUGGUCUUCCCAGGACCGCGGGCCCUAUGCAGAACUCUGUGCCCCCAGGGUCGAGCAGCAUGGUCUCCGGAGCCAGUCCUGGGGGUCUUGGCUUUCUAGGCAGCCAGCCACAGGCAGCCAUCAUGAAGCAGAUGCUAAUGGAUCAACGAGCCCAGCUGAUGGAGCAUCAGAAGCAACAGUUCCUCCGGGAGCAGAGGCAGCAGCAGCAGCAGCAGCAGCAGCAGCAGCAGCAGCAACAGCAACAGCAGAUCCUGGCGGAGCAGCAGAUACAGCAGUCUCAUCUGCCCCGCCAGCACCUCCAGCAACAGCGGACUCCGUACCCAGUGCAGCAGGUCAACCAGUUCCAAGGUUCACCCCAGGACAUAGCAGCCGUGAGAAACCAGGCAGCCCUCCAGAGCAUGCGAACGUCAAGGUUGAUGGCACAGAAUGCAGGCAUGAUGGGAAUGGGACCCUCCCAGAACCCAGGGACAAUGGCCACAGCAGCAGCCCCGUCAGACAUAGGACUGGCCCCUUAUAGUGCCCCUCCAACCAGCCAACCAGGAAUGUACAACAUGAGCACAGGAAUGACCCAAAUGUUGCAGCAUCCUAACCAAAGUGGCAUGAACAUCCCACACAACCAAGCCCAGGGACCCAGGCAGCCUGCCUCUGGACAAGGGGUAGGCAUGGUGAGUGGCUUUGGACAGAGCAUGCUGGUGAACUCGGCUCUUUCCCAGCAGCACCAGCAGCUGAAAGGACCCGUGGGCCAGGCCUUGCCAAGGCCCCAAGGCCCACCAAGGCUUCAGAGUGUCAUGGGAACCGUCCAACAAGGAGCUCAAAGCUGGCAACAGAGAGGCUUGCCGGGAGUGCCCGGGAGGACUAGUGGAGAGUUGGGACCGUUCAACAAUGGCGCCAGCUACCCACUUCAAGCUGGUCAGCCAAGACUGACCAAACAACACUUCCCUCAGGGACUGAGCCAGUCAGUCCUGGACGCUAACACUGGCGCCGUGAGAACCCUUAAUCCAGCGGCUAUGGGCCGCCAGAUGAUGCCACCACUCACAGGGCAGCAAGGUACCAGCCAGGUGAGGCCACUGGUCAUGUCUGGUCUGAGCCAGGGUGUCCCUGGCAUGGCGACAUUCAGCCAGCCCCCAGCACAGCAGCAGAUGGCGGGCGGCAGUUUUGCCGCGACCAACCAGGGCCAGGCCUAUGAGCGGAACCCCGCUCAGGACAUGUCAUACAGUUAUAGCGGUGAGGGUGCUGGGGCUUCGUUCCCCGGCCUCCCAGACAGUACAGACCUCGUGGACUCCAUCAUCAAAGGUGGCCCAGGGGAUGAGUGGAUGCAAGAGCUUGAUGAACUAUUUAACCCCUAGUCAGAAGGGGCCCAAGAGCUGAAGUGGUGGAAGCCUCACAGGCGAGAAAGAAACAGGAUGGUGCCCCAUCCUUGUUUUUUGUUUUUUUGACCCACGUAAACUGAGAAAAACGACAGCUGGCUGACAGUGGAAGGUCCAGGUGUCGACCCCCAGCUCCGUGGGGCUUCAUCCCACCUGCCUUCCAAAGAGCAAUCAAGUAGAGAGGCCACACAGAUACCUGCUUGCAGAGAAGGGAGGUGGAGAGCAGGUGGGUAAACCGAGGCAGCAAGAGUUCCUCUGCUAAGCACCCCUGGGACCCACUGGUCCAGAAAGAGUUGUUCCAGCCCAGAGGGACUAUGGCCCAAGAUGAGGUCUCCUUAGACCUUCUUCCUGCCUCAGGUCCUGAGACCUCAGAGACGGAACCUCAGCCAGAGAAAACCCAGCAGAGGAUGCUGGGAGACAUACAGCCCAUGUGCAUAGAUCAGAAAUGCUCUGAAUGCUGGAUGGAAGGAGUUAUAUACUUCCAGAUGUGUUCCUGGAUGCAGAGGCAGGAACAAAGAACAGUAAGCUCGCCUGAGCUGGCCCGAGGGAAACAAGCAAGGGUCCUGCAGGUCUGUCCGUCUCCUGCCCAGCGAUGACCCUCAGGAAUGGUAAGGUGUUGCUGCCAGCCCCCUCAGUGGGAUAGACGACGAUGCUGGAGAAGGGCCCAUCCAGUAGCCCUGAAGGUCAGCUUCUGCCAGCGGCCACGGCGGCCAUCACUCUAGGUUGCGCUGAGAUUCCCGGAGUCCCCUUCUGAUUUGACACGCCUAGCUAUUCUUCAUCUGUCUGUGGCCAUAGGGUAGAAAGACCCCUGCUGAAUUCAGGGUCUGCCAGCUCAGCCCCUUCCUCCCUCACCACGACCUCUGCUCCUCCUGGCCUCUGUGCCAGCUU